CCCGUCGCCGGGGCGACAAAGAGAAAGAGAAAGGAAGGGGCGGAGUAUAAAAGGACCCGCCGCGAGCUGCUCAGCUACAUCAGUCCCCACAGGGCAGCAGUGAUCCGUACGCCAACCAUCCAGCCAGCAACCACCAACAAUGAAGGCCGCUCUCGUGAUCCUUUUCGCCGUCGCCGCGUGCGCCCAGGCUGUUGAGAACAAGGAGGCGACGGCAGAAAAGAAGCAAGAGAAGAGGGGACUGCUGGGUCUGGGAUACGGUGGCUACGCAGCUGCUCCGGCCUACGCAUACGGCGCCCACUCGAUUGGCUACGCCGCACCUGCCGUCAGCUACGCCGCCCCCUCAGUGAGCUACGCCGCCCCCUCCGUCAGCUACGCCGCCCCCGCCGUCAGCUACGCAGCCGCCGCACCUGCCUACACCGCCUACACGGCCGCCGCCCCCGCAGUUAGCUACGCCGCACCCGCCGUCAGCUACGCCGCCCCCGCCGUCUCCUACGCCGCGGCCCCCGCCAUCGCAAGAGUAGCCGCCGCCCCCGCUGUGUCCUACGCGGCUGCCCCCGCUGUGUCCUACCAUGCUGCUGCCCCCGCCAUCUCUUAUGCGGCACCUUCCUACUCCUAUGCUAGGUACGCUGCCCCCUCUCUCUCCUACGCAGCUCCCGCCAUCUCCAAGUACGCCCUCCACUAAGUGACUGCUUAGUUUGAGAGGUUGCGGUCUUGCCACUAAUAACACCAAGCAUCUUUUCUACAUCUUCAAGUCAGUGACCGUCGAUUGUUUCCUGUACAUUCUAUUCAUUUUAUUUACGUAAAUAAAGACCGCUUAUAUACAAAAA